AUGGCAAUUCUAAAUGGGUUUUUAUCUUACGAGAUUAUUCUUCAGUCUCCGUUUCACAAAUUCUUUGAAGCUUACAACUCGAUGAUGGGUCUCUCUGAAGCCAGAGUCACGAGAACGCUUAGCAAGAAAGCCAUACCGAUUGCAGAGUGGUACAAGACGUCCAUAGAUGCAACAACCGACAAGACGAAUCCCGCAUGGCAAAACCCUGAUUGGUACAGCAAGCUCGAAGGAACCAUGAGCGUUGUUAGAGUGAAACGCGGUGAGCUUGUCCGUGCGAUAUGGACAAUUGACUUUGAGAAGCCCAGCUCUGAAAUCGGCGACCCAACAUUCAUCAUGGACAAUUGUGUCGCGUUCUUUACGAACAUGGAUGAGUCUCUUCUUGAGUGA